AUGUCUUCGGGAACAGCAGCAGGAAGCCACAGGAGCAGCGAGGACUACAGACGUUCGCUCGUUGUGGUGGGUCUAAACGGCGCCCAACAGCGCACCAUCAUCUUCAAGCCCCCGAAGGGCCUGCGCGUGGGCGACGUCAAUCGGGCGAGCUCCGUUGGUUCGGGCAUCGGAGGCAAGGGACAGAACGUGUGCGUCGCGCUUCGAACUCUUGCGGAGGGCGGCGGUGUUGCGGACGAUGGUGCUCAGAGAGAGGUUGAUGUCACGCUAGCCCACUUUGCCGGCGGCAAAUCAGGGGAAUCUGUGUGCGAAAACCUCUCGGCCAUGGGCGUGAAGCUCGUCACCUCCGCCACCGAGGCCGAGAUGCGGCUAUGCACCUCCCUCGUGGACGAACGCUUCGGCGAGACGACGGAGAUCAUAGAGCCCUGGUCGGCAGAGAUCACGGACGAAGAGCAGCAAGUUCUUCUGGCGGACUGCAAGUCGACGUUCGGAGAGGUUCCCUGCAUCCACGGCGUGGCGAUCAUGGGGAGCAAUCCUGUGGGAGUGGGCAAGGACGCGCUCGUGGAUAUCAUGGGCGCGAUCACGGAGUCGGCAGGCUUCAAGGGGGCGGAGACGCGUGUGCUCGUAGAUAGCGUGGUGGGGUUCCAGGCUCUCGUGGACACCGGCCACAUCAGCUUGCUAAAGGUUAACGCCGAAGAAGUGGUGUCGCUUGCGGAGAGCGGGAGGGAGGGCGAUGGCGAGGGAGAAGGGGGGGGAGGCGUGUCCGUGUGGAUGGAAGACAAGCUGGCGAUGGCGGCGGCGGAGCUGUUCGUGCGGCACGAGGGCCGUUUGCCGUGGAUCGCGGUGACGAACGGGGGUCUUCCAUCGUACCUCUUCAGCCGAGAGUUCCUUGGGGAGGACGGAUCCUUGAGCUCGUUUUGGAGAGUAACCCCCGCUCCGGUGGACGCCGUAAACCCGAUCGGGGCGGGAGAUGCGGUGGCCGCGGCGACGCUGUACGAGUGGACGCGAGGCGAGGAGUUGCCAGAGGCGUUCCGAAGAGCUCUCUCCGUAGGGGGUGCGACGUGCACGAGCAGGAACCCCGUCUGCAACUCGUACUUCUCGAUUGAGGAGGCCAGGGGGCUCUUGCCUGAUGUUCGCCUAGAGCAGAUUCAGCGAAAGUAG